AUGGCGAGACUACAAGAAGAAAGUCUACGACAAGAUUAUGCUUCCACUUCAACAACACUCUCUCAACGCAGCUCCAGCACGUCAUUAUAUUCAGCAAAGCGAGGGACAAGCAGCGACCAGGAGUACGACUGCUGCAGUCUGGACGAUGAAGAGGAAUUUGACCAACUUCCUCCACAACCUCGGCUCACCAGGUGCUCUCCACCGUUGCGAAGUAUGCCACAUUCACAGACUUUUGCCAGCAUACGAGAAUGCAGAAGAGCAAGGGCCUCAGCAUUGCAGAACCCUACUCAUAACAGAUCUUCUGUUGCAGAAAAACUCAGACGUAGUAUGCCAAACCUGGCUCGUUCACUCAGUGCAACCAGUUCACCAGACUCUUUUAAGAAUAGCAGAAGUUUUGAUUCAAACCUACAGAAUGGAAUUUCACGACUCCAGUCACCUGCAUGCCCUUCUCUCAAUAAGCUUCAACACCGAGUCAACAGUGUCAGCCACUUUCCAUUGUCAGUCAGGCAGCAACCUAAAGCUACAGCUUAUGUGAGCCCGACUGUUAAUAAUACAAAUGGGAUCCAGACGUCUGUCAGUUUGCAUUCCAUUUCGAGUACUGGUAUCCCUUUACCAAAUAGGCCCAGUAACACAGGUAUACCAGGUCGGAGUGGCCUUCCCAGACCAACAUCUGCUGUUGGAGGUAGUGGAAUACCCAGAAGCAAAUUAGCGCAACCUGUCCGAAGUUUUCUUCAGCCCCCAAAGCCCCUUACAGCACUCAGUUCUCUUAAGGAUGGAAGCUGGAGGGAUGGCUGUUACUAACAUUCGCUGUCACAGAGACUGUUUAAACAGUGAAGCUCUUACACAAUGACACCCAGCUGGCUGGGUUUAGACAUGUCACAAGUUGUUUGUACCUUUAGUUGGUUUCAGUGAAAAUGCUAAAGCCUAGGCAAGGCACACACUUACACAAGUUUUGUUAAUAAGUAAUACUAAGUGAACCAACUGUUAUAAUGUUGUGCUUUUAAACCUUGGCCCUGUGCAUUGUAAUAAUCUCAGACUUGCAGAUGCAAUACUUCCAGUGCAAGAUGCCUCUUGACCAAAUUCAAUUUGUUUAAUGUUGGGUUUGCAUCAUUCAUGUUUCAAACAGUAGUCAGUAUUUCAACGAGU